GCCGCCUCUCCGCGCCCCGGACCGGCUGAGAGGCGCUUCGCCGCCCGCCCGCCAACAGCACACCCAUCGAGCCAGGCUUUAAAUUGAUUACAGCCACACUAGAGCCCCACCGGUGCUCAGAGGCGGGAGGGAUCGCAGAGCCGCGCACAACAUGGCCACUCUGCUGCGAAAAAUCGGGCUGAUCCGGCUGCAUAGCCGGGACACGGAGGACCCCAAGCACCACCACCACCGCAGCAGCAGCCAGCAGGGCUCCUCGCUCCGCGGCAGAGGCAACCAGAAGAACAGCAGCAACAAGCCGCAGCCGCAGGGGCCCCCCGGGGGCGGCUGCAGCAGCAGCAGCAGCGAGGGCAGCCCCGGGGGCCACAAGAACAAGAAGGCGCCGGAACCGGCCAAGCAGCCGCCGCAGCAGGCGCGCUCGGGAGUCGGCCGGGAGAAGCCCCGGGAGCUGGGCAGGGAGCCCGGCGCCGGCAAGGAGGCGGCGCAGCGGCCCGGCCCCGGUUCCGGCCCCGGGUGCGGGUCGGGGCCGGCGGCGCUGGUGCCCGCGGGCCGGCAGCAGCACUGCACGCAGGUGCGGACCCGGCGGCUGAUGAAGGAGCUGCAGGACAUCGCGCGGCUCAGCGACCGGUUCAUCUCGGUGGAGCUGGUGGACGAGAGCCUCUUCGACUGGAACGUGAAGCUGCACCAGGUGGACAAGGACUCGGUGCUGUGGCAGGACAUGAAGGAGACCAACACGGAGUACAUCCUGCUCAACCUCACCUUCCCCGACAACUUCCCUUUCUCGCCGCCCUUCAUGAGGGUGCUUAGCCCCCGCCUGGAGAACGGCUACGUCCUGGAUGGCGGGGCCAUCUGCAUGGAGCUGCUCACCCCCCGCGGCUGGUCCAGCGCCUACACCGUGGAGGCCGUCAUGAGGCAGUUCGCCGCCAGCCUGGUCAAGGGGCAGGGCCGUAUCUGCAGAAAAGCUGGCAAAUCAAAAAAGUCAUUCAGUCGAAAGGAAGCUGAAGCAACAUUUAAGAGUUUGGUGAAGACCCAUGAAAAAUAUGGGUGGGUCACCCCGCCUGUCUCUGAUGGCUGAUGUUAGCAACCUGCACUUGACAGAAAUGCUGAACAAAAGUACUGUGACAUCUCCUCAGUGCUGUACACCGCCCAUCCUUUUCUACUUCAGCUUCAGUUACAUACCAUGAAUGUCAAGGAGACAUCUAAGUUAUUUAUGAACAGAUGUGUUUACAGAGGGAGAGAAAAAAAAAUGCUGUGUAGGAUUAUAUUUCAAGACUGGAGAAUGGUCAUCAUUGAAGUCACUUGAGCGGAUGCUGAGAUUGCGUCAUUUGCCCCCAUACAGCCCACAUUGUCUUCAGCUUCUUUCCAUGACAGCAGCACCAAACAGCAGUACUGGAAAGUCUAUCCAUUACUGCUCAGUUCAUUUAAAUGUAAAUGAAACAGUUAAUAUUUAAUAGGGAAGCAGUGCAUUGCAGGUACAUGUUUGCUGUGCUGUUUAUCUUUGUCUCCUAGCAGGUCAACAUAACUUGAAGAUUUGUCUUUAUGUGGAACUGUGGUCUGCUGUGACUAAAUUUAGACCUCAUUUGUGCUCUAUAUAUGACCUUUAAUUCAUAAAUGAAACCAGAAUUAAAAUGCUGAAAGGUCCUAGUGUUGAAAAAUUAUUAAGUGGAAUCACCCAACCGGUUACAAUGUGCUCUCUGUGCUGAUAUUGUGAUGUGCUGUUCAGAAAUAAACCAGUGCAGUUAGCUGAAGGUUAGGUGGUUUUUUAAAACACGUCCACACCGGGGCUCAGAGGGGUUGGUCCAUGGUAGCAGAAAAAUGAUUACCCUGGCGGUACCUUCUGCAGUAGCAUGUGGCCUGUCAGUUCUUCAAAGCAGCAAAACAAAUGAGUGGAAAUGGACAAAGCAACCUUAAAAUUUUAUCUGUUUAAUUUUGAAAUGAUAUGCCAGUAACAGAGUAAAAAUUUUCAAGUCAAAUGGAACAUGGUUUGUAAGAUGAUUUGCAUGACUGGAAUUUUUCUUUUUUAUUUUUACUCAAUAGACAUCGUAUGUACUUAGAGCCCAGUAUCUGAGAAAACCCACUGAUGUAUAUAAAUGUCCUAUUAUUUAAUCAUUAAAAUUUAAGUUUUCUGGUAAACAAAUCGAAAAAAACAACUUUCUAAGGGACUCCAUAAAAGCUGAAGGUAAUGUUAAGAAUGGUAUAGAAAAGCAUUAAAAAAUGUGGAUUCCGAAUGGAAAAUCAUAUUGGACACGUGCUGAAUAAAAUCACCAGUAUCGUU